GGCGGGCGGGCGAGCGAACGGGGGACCCGGCCCGGCCGCGGCGCCCGCCCCGCGCCCCGGCCCGCCCGGCCCGCCCUGGCCGCCCGCGGGUUGCGGGCACCUGUGGCCGCCCGGACCUCGCACCGUCCGCGUCUGCCCUCAGCCAGGGGCCCCCGGCCGCCUUCCCACGGGAGACGGCCCGGGCCCCGCUGCGCACCAUGGUCCGGCCGGGCGCGCGCUGAGCCCCCCGCGCCGCCCGGGAGUCUCCGCCAACUUGGGCUCGGGAACUCCGCUCGGCCCCGGGCGACUUCGGCAGCCCUGACGGCGCAGACAGGCCCGCGGGUGGCCCCGCGCCUCCCCGGCUCUUUGUGGAUGGAGGCGCCUCCGGACGCAGCGGGCUGAGCACCUGGCCUGCGCCGCGCGGCCCCUGCGGACCACACCUCCCCGGCGCAGGCGCUGCCCCGCGUGCGGGAGAUGCGGUACCAGCACAGCCGGCUCCUCAGGGUCCUGGUCUGACCGCCAGGAUGGAGCUGGGGCCGGCAGCUGCCACCGAGACCUUCGUGCUGGAGUUGCAGUGCCUGGAAGACGGCGGCCCCAGGCCUGACGCUCUCACAGGUGGCAGCCAUGGGAGUGAGAGUCAGGAGCGGGAAGAGGCUCAGGAGGGGAGUAGCAGCCUCCAGCGGCCAGCAGGGGCCAGUGAGAUCCCGGAGGAGGCCCAGCCAGGACAACAGCAGCAGCCUGAGAACCCUCUAGUAGGACAUCCGCCAGAAUUGCACCCACAGCAGCAGCAGCAGCAGCAAGACGGGCGCCAGCAACAGCCGCAAGUGGGAAUGCAACCGCUGUUGGGGCAGCAGGCACACUUACAGCAGCACCAGCAGUUAUUGCAACAGCAGCAGGAACACGCCCAGCAGCACCGAGUGCAUGAGCAGCAGUUAUUGCUACACCAGCAGCUGUUGCAACAGCAGCAGGCACAGAUGCAGCAGCUGCAGCCCCCUCCACUGCAGCCGGGGGAGGAGGAGGAGGAGGAGGAGGAGGUGGAGCUGGAGCUCAUGCCGGUGGACCUGGCUUCGGAGCAGGAGCAGGAGCAGGCGCGGCAGCGGGAGGAGCUGGAGCGGCAGCAGGAGCAGCGGCAGCUGCAGCUCAAACUGCAGGAGCAGCUGCAGCAGCUGGAGCAGCAGCUGGAGCAGCAGCAGCGGUUGGAGCAGCAGCUGGAGCAGCAGGAGGUGCAGCUGGAGCUGACCCCUGUGGAGCUGGGUGCCCAGCCCCAGGAGCUGCAGCUGGAGCUGACCCCCGUGCAGCCCGAGCUGCAGCUGGAGCUGGUGCCCGCCGCGGGGGGCGGCGCAGCGGCGGUCCCAGGGGCUCCGGCGGCAGUGGUGGUGGCCCCUCCUGGCUACGUGGUGCUGCAGGAGCUCGUGGUGCUGCCGGCUGUGGCCACGUCGGCCGUCGUGGCCAUUCCGGGCCCGGCCGGCAGUGCGGCGCUGACCCCCGCACGGCAGCGGCGGCGGCGGCGUGCCAGAGACCGGCCAACCAUCUGCGGGGAGUGUGGCAAGGGCUUCAGCCGCAGCACGGACCUGGUGCGGCACCAGGCCACGCACACCGGCGAGCGGCCGCACCGCUGCGGCGAGUGCGGCAAGGGCUUCUCGCAGCACUCCAACCUGGUGACGCACCAGCGCAUCCACACGGGCGAGAAGCCGUACGCCUGCUCCUACUGCGCCAAGCGCUUCAGCGAGAGCUCGGCGCUCGUGCAGCACCAGCGCACGCACACCGGCGAGCGGCCCUACGCCUGCGCCGACUGCGGCAAACGGUUCAGCGUCUCCUCCAACCUGCUGCGCCACCGGCGCACGCACUCGGGCGAGCGCCCCUACGUGUGCGAGGACUGCGGCGAGCGCUUCCGCCACAAGGUGCAGAUCCGCCGCCACGAGCGCCAGCUGCACGGAGCGGGCCGCUCGCGGGGCCUUGGCCUGCGCUCGCAGCCGGCGGGGAGCGGGGCAUCGGGGGGCAAGGCUCCCUGACGCCCCGACGGCUCGCGGUCUCUGCAAGCUACCCUAGAAUGCGUGUCAGUUCCCGGGUUCCCCUGAGAGAAGUACCAAGUUCGUAGCCACGCCUGGAACCACCCAGAGGGCAGGUGCUGGGGAGGGAGGGGGAGCCGAAGCUGAUGGUGGGACGCACCUGCAAACACGCGAGCCAGGCGCUGUGCUGCAGAACCCAGCAGGUGCACGCGGUUCUGCAGGGUCUGGGAACAGGUGCAAAUGCACACUAGGAUGUCCGCUCUGGGUGGAAGGUGAGACCUUCCCCGCAGGGGAGCCUAAGGUUCCCGGCUUCUCUUUCUGUUCCCAGGCCCAUGGGGCCCCUUAGCAUCCUCCAAGGUAAUAGCCUGUGGCUGGAUCUGUGAGUGCGCGGUCUAAGAGCCGUCCCACCCCCACCACACCCAGCCCAGCCUCCUCAGAGGCCACCCAAGGGCUCACGCUGAAACCCAGGGGCACAGGGCUCUUCUGGCUGUGGCUGGGGAGGGGUCUGUCGGAGCAGACCCUAGUCUAAGGAGAGAAUCCGGGGGCAGUAGGAAUGGCCUUUAUCACGUUGACCAAAUCGUCCUGGGCAUGGGCUGUUGAACAGCAAGGGCCGCCCCCUGGCUUCAGGGGAGGUGGGGCCCUGCAAGAGGCCACCGCCCCAACCCGCAGCCCCAAGCACUUCCCACGCGUACUGCCUGGCGUCGGGGUCUCACCAUCCCCCCGCCUCCCUGCUGCUCCGCUAACACGGCCUGCCACACUUCACGCACGUGUUGGUGAGUGAGAACCGGAAAACGAACAAUAAAACAGAAACGCCGCA